UUGACACUAUUCUUUUUGAAGGACAAGUCCAAUUUUGGCCAAUCAGAAUGUCGGAGCCUCGAAAGAGCAGACGGGAGGCAAAGCCAACUCAGCGCCUGAAGGAAUUUCUUGGUGAAGAGAUUGCAAAAAAUUUUACCCCUGCAAAAACUCCUAAAACUCCAAAAAAUGCCGCAACUCCACGAUCAAUAACCAAAAAUGAGAAGCCUGCUGUGCCAGCAAAAUCAGUUGUAGAGAAGAGUCCUUUGAAAAAAGUGGCGGCGACCGUCAAGUCAACUCCUCUUGCAAAGACUCCCCUUCCCAAAGCAUCUCAAAAAACCACUUCUGCAGCCAAAGCUGCCAAGAUUAUUGCGCCUGCUGAAAAUGAAGAAGAGGAAGAUGAAACAGCAGACGAAGAGGAGAUGGAAGAAGAAGAAGAAGAGGUUGUCGAGCCAGUAACUCCCACUGUUUCUCGAACAAAUGUCACUUUUAAUGUUAAAAAAACUUCUAUCAAGGCAGUAAAGAAAGUUACAUCUGGUAAAGGGCUUCUUGAAAAAGCUCCCGAAGUUCUGCAAGGAAAACGGGUACCAAAACCCAGUGCUAAAAUUGCUGAGGCUCUGGAAGCAGAAGCUGAAACAGAGAUUGCCAUUAAGAAAACAACUCCCGCGUCUUCGGCCAAAAUUAGCAAGACGCUUCAGAGUAAGUCGUCCACUCCAACAUCUGUCAGAGGCGGAAGGGGACGGGGGUCCCGUGGUGGUCGAGGCCGUGGUCGUGGAAGAGGACGAGGAGCAGCCGGUGCAAGUUUAUCUGAUGAAGAAAUGGAAGAGCAUCCAGCUUUUAAAGAUCCAGAAGAUGAAGAGACUGACGCUUCAGAGGAUGAAAUUGAUAGUAAAUUCAUGGAUGUUGAUGAAGAAAGUAAUGAAAACGAGGAUGGACAACAAAUAGCAGAGAAGUUGAUGGAAAAAACUAAGAAGGAACAUACAAAACCAACGCCUGUUGUCAAGAAAACGGUCACGGCUAAUACUGCAGAUUCGUCAACUGAGGUAUCCACUAGCAAGAGCACAGCUACAACAACUUCUGUUGUGACAACAGUCAAGGUCCCUGUAUCAGGCACGACUGUAAACACCGCUCAGAAGAAAGCGAGUGCCAUCUCUCCCAUAAAGGUGGCUACCCAAGUUGCACCCAAAGAUGUACAAAUGAGCCCUGCCAAAAUCGGCACAGUAAAACAAGUGAGCAAGGGCAGCAGUGGCGUUAAAAGAAUCCUCACAGCCGCAUCGCCUCCUCACUCUCCACUCACCAAGAAAGUGAAACUGUCUUCUCAGGAGACUGAUGAAAAGGAAUCUUCCGCUGCUAAUAAUCCUAUUCGAAAAAUUGUCACUGCUGCGGUGCCCUCUAAGUCCGUUCCGUCGAAAGUGCAGCCAGCAACAGUAGUGUCUAGUAGCUAUGUCCUGUCACCAAAUGGCGUGCCCAACAAGAUUAACACCGUCAAAACCGUGACUAAAACCCUCACCUCUGCUGCCGCCGCCAAGCUAUCGUCCAAAGCAGCUAACACUAUAUCAAAAGGACCCCCUACACCAAGCGACUCGGAAAAUCGGCGGAGUCGACGCCAACCUAAACCCACAGAACGAAUGAAGGAAUUUCUCCACAAAUCCUCAGAAGAAGAAGAAGACAUUGAUGCAGAUGAUCCAUCUGCGCUAUUGAAUGAUGAUGAUGAAUCCUCUUCUGAAAAUGAAGAGGAUGACCGUCGGUUCCUGGCCAUUAUGAACAAAGCUAAUGCUGUGCGGAACAAAAAUUCUGAAUUUGCCAAUCGAGCAAAAUUACAUUCAUCUGGAGGAACAAACACUUCACAAAAGAAUAUAAGAUCCCAAAUUGUGCGCAAAGGUUCCUCCAGUGGUCCAUUUGCUCGGAGCACGACAGUGAUGAUGCAAAAUAAAGUCAUAUCCGGAGGCUCACUGAAGACUGCUGCUGUUGUUCAGGUACAGACAAAAAAGUUUGCCCCGGGAUCUAAGGUAAUGGUGCAGCCGCCUACUUCUGUCAAUGGAGACCUGCGGAAGAUUCUGCCUGCAGUCCCUGGGCGAGAAGUUAAGGGUACGAGUGCCAAGGUAUUAACGGCAACACGUCGCAACCCAACUGAACCUCCCAUUAUCAUCAAAAUCCGAACUCGUAAACCUGAGGAAGAUGAAUUACUAAAGAAAAAACGCGCAGAAGAAGAAAAACAGGCUGGAACUAGGAAAAUUAUUAAGAUCUUUACUCAGCGAGGGGAGGUCAGAAAGCUUCCAAAACGAAGUGGUGGAAGUAGAAGUGAAGCAGAAUCGGAGUCAAUCGAAUCUGAAGAGGAAGACAUGGAUGAUGAAGAGGAAGAUGAGGACGAAGGUGAAAGUGAAGAUGAAGCAGCUUCAAAUUUGAAGCCACUAAGUGAGAAAAAUAAGAAAUUGUUGCACUUGUUUGGUGAAGCAAUAGAGUCUCUGAAGAGCGGCCUAAAAUCGUUCAAGAAAGAACCUUCUCAGCCAUUAAGUGUUAAGACUAUAGAAAAGUUUAUUCGUUUGAGCUCUGAAAUAGCAGAUACUGUCAGAGAAACAAUUGAAGACUUGGGAGAUCAAAUCUCAAAUUCAGAUAACUUUGAGGAGUACUGUCAGGACGUGCUUGACUCGAUUCCUUUCUCAUACGGUGAGGAUGACGACCUAUCAAACGAAGAGGCAGAUAACAUACUUGCUUGGCUGCACCAGCGGGAGAAGGCGAGCAAGAAGGCUGGUGAGUCCCUCACCACGGAUAACAAUGCACAGCUGGCUCUUUUCACUCAAAUGCUGGAGCUUCUCACCACCGCUAAAGAUAAGAAUGACACGUUCGAUGACGAGGAUGAAAUGAUGGACGAAGAGGACGAGGACAUGAUGGACAUGGACGAUGAAGCGACCUACGGCAACGAGGAUGUCGGUGGCGUUGACGAGGCUGAAAAUAUGGAUGAUGGGCAGGAAGAGGAGGAGGAGGAGGAAGGAAUGGAUGAAGAGGAAGAAGAAGCAGUAGACGAUCUCUUUGAAACUCCAAAAAAAUCAUCUGGUCGAAGAUAGUUGGGACAGCCAAUUUGGCUUUGCCAGUCUGUACAAAAUUUAUAUCGACCUAAAGCGAUUGUGCUCUGCUGUGUUGUUGAGUAGGAAUUUAUUUCUUAGAAUUCUGUUUGUGUAAUUAAAUAUUUCUUGAUGACGAGAAUCUGGUCGUUGUACAGCGAGAAAUUCAGCAUUAAAUUUCCUUGCUGCUUGGUAGAUGGUUGAUGUGAUUUUUAGUGUUGGCUCAGGUGUAAAGUCAAGAAUUUUGUUCUAGAAUUUAGAUGCAAUUAGAUACCUGGUUUUGCCUAAAAGUAGGAUGAAUCAUGGAGGCUAGCGCUAUUCUAAUUGAGAAAUUUAGAAUUAUGUACGUUAAGUGACUGAUGUUAUUUGGUUAUAGUGAUCUGUUAGGUGGUCAAUCGGAUCAAUCAGAUCUAUGUAAUUUAUUGUUUUCUAAACGUAUGAAAUUCACCAUAAUACUCUUUUUCGGUUUAUUAUGAAUUAUGGUCAAGCAUUUAUCAAAUGAUGUCUAAUGUGAAAAGUAUUACUGUAUUGUAAAAUGUAAAUUUCGAACUGAACCUCGUUAAUUUGUUUACCUGAAAUCUCGAAGGCUGUUGGUACUGGGAAUGAUAUCAAUGUACUGAGAUCAAUUUCAUGUCGGUGAAAAUUGUUCCUAUGGAAUAAUAAUUUUUUUGAGGAUCGAAACUCGGGAGGAAAGUUUCCUAUUAAUUUGACAGAUUUUUUGUUACCGAAUUUCCAAAAUCAUAAUCGUUAUUGAUCAGAAGGCUAUGGGAUUAACUUACCUUAAUUUAUAAGCAUUAUCUUAAUGUCUUUAUUCUAUGCGUAAUCUUUUGGUUUUGCAGUAGUGUUUAUACAAAUUCUCAGUUAAUUUUCCAAUUUUGUAAAUAAGUAAAAAUCGUUUGAGUUGGUAAGAAGAUCGAGCCCAGCGUGCAUGCCGUUAGGUUCCUUCACAGUUGUGAUCAUUAUUGCUGGCAUAACGGCGCUAUUAUUUCGUUGUUUAUAAAGGAACGUGAAUCUUGUGUCUGGUUAACCUACAGGUGUAUCAAUGUAUGUACAAGAUUGACUAUGAAACUCUACAGUUAAAGGUAGUUCUCGUGAA